AAGAAAUCAGUGUAUUUCAAAGAAGAAGACAUUGACUUGGCUGUAGACACACUUGAGAAAAUGGUGCCAUUGACAUCAAAUGUGUCCGUCAAUAUAACACUGAACAAUGUUCUUCCUAGUAUCAACAAUAUGAUAAACACACCGGAGAAGAUUUUGGCUGAGGCAGAACAGUCUGACAGAUGUGCCAACAGAAUGCUGGAAAUUUUAGAAAAAAUCUCAGAAAAAAUUCCACUGGAAGAGCAGCAAGUCACAGUUGAUUUUUUAAAUUUUGCUAUUGGUGUUGCCACUGUGGAGAAAGACACUUUCAAUGGUCUGGUCUAUGCUGUUUCAUUUGGAACCAAUGAAACGAAAGCAAGGAGUGAGAUACAUAACGACUCAAACUCACAAGUAGAUGAUAUGAUGGACUUCAUUUCUUUACCAAAGAGUUUAUUAAAAGAUAUGAAAGACGAAGAACUGUCAAACUUUACAAGGAUUUCCAUGAUCAGUUUGCGUGACGAUAAGCUAUAUAGG